AACAAAAACAUUGCAGCUGGCUAAUCACCACUCGAGCGUCAAACUACCUGUUAUGGCAAUAACGGAAUAAAUGAGAGGAUGACAGUUCACCACAAUCUGGUAGUGCUUUAACAAACGCUUCGGUGUGGCCAUUAAGCACCCAAAGGUGUCGAACAAGUGUUCUUGUCGCUCACUGUGGGGGGGGAGACGGUGACAUUUUGAGGCCCCUCCGAUGUCCUCUGGCUGUCCACCCCAGUCGCCUGCCGUGGCGAAGUCCGAGGUGGCAGUGGAGGGAGAAUGCCCGCUGCUGGCGGCCACCUUCGCCUACUGGGACAACAUCCUGGGUCCGCGGGUGCGCCACAUCUGGACGCCGAAGGGAGAGCAGCUGAUGUUCCUCAGCGACGGCGAGGUCACGUUUUUGGCCAACCACACGCUCAACGGGGAGAUCCUGCGCAGCGCAGAGUGCGGCGCCGUGGACGUGAAAUUCUUCGUGCUGGCGGAGAAGGGCGUCAUCAUUGUGUCCCUUAUCUUCGACGGCGAGCUGAAGGGGGACAAGAACACGUGCGCCUUGUCCAUCAUCCUCCCACAGACGGAGCUGGCCUUCUACCUGCCUCUGCACACCAUCUGCGUGGACAGGCUGAAGCACGUCAUCCGCAAGGGACGCAUUUGGAUGAAGAAGGGCUACAACAUCAUCUCAGUGCUGAGCUUGGAGAUUGUCCCCAUCAUGGAGCUGUUGGCCUCGAUGAAGUCGCACAGUGUGCCAGAAGACAUAAAUAUAAAAGACACCGUGCUAAAUGAUGAUGACAUCGGGGACAGCUGCCACGAGGAUUUCCUCCACAACUGCAUGCUCGAGUCAAUGGCCAUCAGCUCUCAUCUGCAGACCUGCGGCUGCUCGAUAGUCGUUGGAAGCAACCCAGAGAAAGUAAAUAAGAUUGCGCGGACUCUCUGCCUCUUCCUCACCCCGGAGGAGAGGAAGUGCUCCCGCCUCUGCAAGGCUGACUCUUCUUUCAAAUACGACACGGGCCUGUUUGUUCAGGGUCUGCUCAAGGACUCCACAGGCAGCUUCGUCCUGCCCUUCCGCCAGGUGCUCUACUCGCCGUACCCGACCACGCACAUCGACGUCGACAUCAACACGGUCAAGCAGAUGCCGCCGUGCCACGAGCACACGUACAACCAGCGCCGCUACAUGCGGUCCGAGCUGAGCGCCCUGUGGAAGGCGGACAGCGAGGAGGACAUCGCCCCCGACACGGUCAUCCACACCGACGAGACCUUCACGCCCGACCUGAAUAUAUUUCAAGACGUCAUGCACAAAGACACUUUGGUAAUGUCCUUCAUAGAUGAGGUGUUCAUGCUGAAGCCCGGCCUGUCCCUGCGGAGCACCUACCUGGCCCAGUUCCUGCUGCUGCUGCACAGGAAGGCCCUCACGCUGCUCAAGUACAUCGAGGACGAAACGCAAAAGGGGAAGAAGCCCUUUCGAACGCUGCGCAACCUGAAGACGGACCUGGAUCUGACGGUGGAGGGGGACCUGAACAUCGUCAUGGCCUUCGCGGAGAAGCUGCGGGCGGGGCUGCACUCCUUCGUGUUCGGCAAGCCGUUCUACACCAGCGUGCACGAGCGAGACGCGCUCAUGACCUUCUGACGCCCGUCGCCAUUGUCGUACGGCUAAUGCCAACGGGUGUUGUCUUUUGUUGUUGUUGUUGUUACAUCAAUGCAUGCACGCGUGUAUUCCCGAGUAUUUGAUUCCGCUUUGCUGGAAUGAAAAGGAACACCCAGAAAAAGCAUUUGUCUCCUUCCUUGUUGUGUCUGAUGAAUUGAAGGCGUGCUUUUAAAGACGUGAUCGUUACAGCUACUAUGAGCCAUUAUUAUCAACGUUCAGAUAUAUUGCCUCGAUCAACUGAAAGCAUAAUGUGAGUUUAAAUGUCUGACGAUUUAUUCAUGUAUUCUUUGCCUUCUGUGUUAAUUUAUGGCGUUGAAAUUGGUCGAGGGGCCCACCAGGAUUUUUUUUUUGCAAUUUUAAUUUAUAAAUCAUAUUUAUUGAAACGCGAGCGAUCGGUUUCUUCGCUGCCCGCAUUAGAGAAUAACCUCCGAACCCUUUUUACUUGUGGAUUUGCUUUUAUUCUUUUUUUUUUUUUCUCCUAUGAAAUUCAAUGAAUGAGUCUGCGUGCUGAAUGUGAAUGUUGACGGUCAAGUGACGAGAUAUCGCAACAUAUUUCAUUAAAGAUAAAACACAACAGAA